ACCGAGGAAUGCAAAAAUGCUGGACGACGCCGAGUUGUUUACCGAACUGUGCGAUAAGCACGGUCUGCUGCCCGAACCGGACAUCAUUGAGGCUGUGAAACUUAGCUGCUCCACCGGGGAAUUAAGACUUUCCCACACUUCCAUAAUAGCCGGGCUCUGCGAAGUCAUAGCCCAAGUCCUGUCCUCCAGUUCGACGAUAAAACUCGUGGAUCUCAGCGACUGCAUGUUGCUCGCCAAAGGAUUGAGUUGCAUAUUCAAGGCACUGCGCCAAGGAUCAAGCGUCACCUGCUUGUAUCUAAAAGGCAACAACAUAAGUGGGCCUCUGGUCGAGCAGUUGGGCCAAGUGUUAUCUUCCAACAAUACUCUGAAAGUCAUGCACAUAGAGUGGAACAAUUUGGGAUCGCAGGUUGAUUCAUUUGCCAAAUUUUGCGUUGGUCUGUCGAAAAAUCAUCACAUCGAAGAGCUAGAUCUUAGGUACAAUCAGAUAUCGACGCUGUGCGCGGAUCAUUUUUCUACAGCUCUGAGGCAGAACAAGAGCUUGAAGAAACUUGAUCUGGCGUGGAACUCUUUGGGUAUGAGCGGUGGACAGAAAAUCCUGCAAGGCGUGCAGCACAACCGAUUUCUAGUCUCGUUGAAUCUCAAGGGUAACUGCGUACCGAGUGAAAUUCACUCGGCCAUCAAGGAUCGCAUUGCGGAAAACCAAAAGAGACAGUUGUUGUGCGAAACUCCCGUUUUUCAGAUUCCCGCGAUACCAAACUCCACGUCCACGGAAGAGGACGACCGCGGGACGCAAGUGAAACUGAGGUCGCGCAAAAAAAAGAAAAAACGCGAAAGGUCCAAGACACCCAUGGAGGACCUCAGGGACAGUCCGCUUGGCGAUUCAGGAAACGAGGGCGUCCCGAAGAAACCGAGCAAAGACAGCGAGCACGAGGUGCGCCCGGAGAUCGCCGAGAAGAUCCAAGCGCUCGAUCGGAUCAUACAAGAGAGGGCAGCCAGUAUGGAUCUCCUGCAAACUGAACUGGUAUCCAAGGAGGACGAGCUCAAGUCGAUACAUUCCGAAAACGAGAAACUCAAGACUGAAAUCCAAAAGCUGAAGGAGGAAAAAGAAGUGGCCCUGGAGGAGAAGGUGAAAGAGCUGGAGGACGUGAAAAGGGCACAUGCCAAGGCAGAGGGCAGCUGGAACGAGUCGUACAAAGAAUUAGAGGAGGCGCAGCGGAACACCGCCAGACUGAGACAGGAGGCCGAAGCCAAAAAUCGCAACUACGAGAAGGAACUGCGGAAAGUCAGCUCGGAAGUUCAGAUGCUCAAAGAAAAGUACGCCUCCACCGUGCAGAGCCACGAGGACGUGCUGUCCGAUUUCAAGGUCGAGACUCACCGCCUGAAGCGAGACGUCCAGGAAAGGGAAAACAAGUACCGGAUAGAAACGAACGCUCUGAAGGAGUCCUUGAAAGAGACCACUGAAGCACUGGAAAAGUGUCAAGAGCAGCUGCAAAAGCUGAGGAACGAGCUGCGGGAGUCCGUUGAGGUGCAGGGGAGGCUGAAAAUGAAGGCCGACGAGGCAGAGAGGUUCGCCAGUCGGACCCUGAGGAUCGAGGAGGCGCUGAACAGGUCGAAGGAGGAGAAAGAGAAGCUGGAGGAGAAGCUGCAGGAGUCGAGGCGUUCGGUGGCCCAACUGCAGAAGCAGAUGAUCAAGGUGCAGGAGGAGUCGCUGGAGCCGCAAAAGAGGUACGAGGCUCUGAAGCUCGAGCUGCUCAUAGAAAGGGAGAGAUCGGCCGCGCUGAAGAUUGAACUACAGGACGAAAGGGCCAGGAUGAAGGAGCAGACCGAGCAGCUGCAGAAGAUGCUCGGACAGAUAAAUGGAUUGUAUGCGCAGCUUAGCGAAGUUCAGGCCUGCCAUGCGGAAGUACUGAGGGUCAAGGAUGCUGAGAUUGAGAAGCUAAAAGGUGUCGUGGGACAGAAGACAAGAGAGUUGGAUGACUACAAGUCUGAGCAAGUACAUAGGGCACAUCAGUUUCAGGCUGCAGUGAGUAAGUACUUUGGGACAUUUGGAACGAAUUGA